AUGGCCCGCCGACCUGUGCUUGGAUCCGUUGCUUUGGCGGCCACGCUGGCCGUGGCGCUCCAUGGCCUCUGCCAAUGGGCGUUCGUGGCACCGGCGCCAGGCCGCGCCGGCAUCAGCCAGACGGGCGCACGUGUGUCGGGGAAGCCGGAUGCUUUUGCCCAACCUGGUUCCGUCCUCGCGGCUGCGUGCGGAGUAGCCAGCAGCGCCGCCUUGGUGGCCUUGGCUUCUCGCUCCUCGCGAGUCACCGUCCGCGCGAACCCCGGCUCUCCCAGCCUCAUCCAGGUCUUGGAGCAGAAGGGCCUGCUGUCCACCGUCGAGAACCUGGGCCUUCUCUCGGGGGCGGAGAAGGCUGGCAUCAAGGUCAGCACGGUUGAGGAGCUGGGGCUCUUGAAGUUGGCAGAGAGGCUGAACUUGCUGAGCCUGGCAGAGAACGUCUUGACGAACGGUUCCACCCCCUUCCUCGUGCUCGCAGGAGCCGGCAUCUUGGCGGCCGGGUCCUUCCUCUGCGCCACCUACCCCGAGGGCUCCUUCUUCCAGUACUUCCUCACAGGUGCCUUGGGGGCUCCGGCCCUGCUCCUGGGCGGCGCGGCCUUGGUGAUUCUCUUGGUCUUCGGGGGCACCCGGAGGACUCGCCCCAUCGACGUCACCGAGAAGGAAGUCAGCUACGGCGAGGGCGGCUUCCAGUCUCAGGAGGUCCUUCGCUCUGCUUCUCUGCUGGAGACCGUCGAGCAGAAGAAAGUCCUGUCCUUCCUGGAAGAGAACCGCCUGCUCAGCCUCGCAGGUUCCCUCGUGGACAGGCCGCUGACGCUCACAGAGAACCUCAAGCUGCUGAGCACUUUGGAGUCCCUUGGAGUCCUGUCUCAAGUCGAGAGUUUGGCUGCCAGCAAGGGCGGUGGCGCUUUGCCGGGGCUGGGAGGCCUCGUGCUGCUGGGCGCCGCCCUGGCCGCCUUGACGCUGCUGCCGAGCUACGGAGUGCUCGUGGCUCUUCUGCUGGCCCUUCCUGGGCUUGCAGGUGUUGCUCUGGGUGUCGGCAUCGGCCUCAUCAAGCCUCCCGUGCGUGGAGAAGCCUUCAGCAACUAA